GCCAUUUCCAUAACACUAUGGGAGGAUGUUCUUCAUGUCAGUGUCUGAAGGAAAAGUGUGACCCCCGGUGUUUGAUCUUGUUUGUGAUUGCAGUGGCUAUGAUUGUGGAUUGCAUUCUGUUCACUGUUGUAGCUCCAAUCGCCCCAGCUAUUCUCUACGACACUGAGUAUGGGAAAAAAAACACAACAUUUCAGAACUCCUCCACUUCUUAUGCUGUUUCCAGCUAUGCCCUCCUUUUCGAAAGCUCAAGUAGUAAACCGUACCUUGACCAGAUCAUUAACACUACAGAGAGUCCUGGAAAUAAAGGGGAGUGCUAUAAGGGGAAGGAAUAUAUACAUAAUGAAAACGUGAGAGUGGGACUUCUCCUGGCAAUUAAAGCCAUAAUGCAGCUUCUGACAAACCCCAUAGUGGGUAAACUAAUUAACAGAACUGGAUAUGAUGCUCCAUUGUUUUGGGGCUUUAUAAUCGUGUUCUUAUCCUCUCUUGUGUUUGCCUUUUCCAAUUCAUAUGCUCUCCUUUGUGUGGCCAGGGGGAUACAGGGCAUUGGAUCAUCCUUCACUACAGUGCCUGCUUUGGGCAUGCUGGCACAAGUGUAUCCAGAUGAUGCUGAACGAGGGAGAGCAAUGGGUAUAGCCAUGAGUGGUGUUGCCAUUGGACUACUUGUGGGGGCUCCCUUCAGUUCUGCCAUGUAUGAGUUUGUUGGAAAGUCUUCUCCAUUUCUGGUUAUUGCAGCCUUGGCUCUUCUAAAUGGAGCACUCCAGCUUUGUGUACUUCGGCCUACAAAGUUAUCCCCAAUAGCUAUUCCUCCCACACCCUACAAAAAUCUUCUCUUGGACCCUUACAUUAUGGUGACUGCAGUGGGUCUCUGUAUUGCUAAUCUUACCUUUGGAAUGCUGGAACCAACUAUACCCAUUAGAAUGAUGGAAAUCAUGUGCGCCCCCCGCUAUCAACUUGGGCUUGCUUUCCUUCCUUCUAUGAUCACAUAUUUCAUUGGUCUGAAUGUUUUUGGGGGGCUUGCACAAAAAAUUGGGAGGUGGCUAUGCAUUAUGCUUGGGUUGAUAAUUCUAGGAAUCAGUGCCCUGUUUAUGCCUUUAGCAGUUAAUAUUUACGGACUCAUUGGACCUACUGCUGUGCUUGGAUUUGGCUUUGGCUUGAUGGAGACAUCAGUUAUGCCACUCAUGGCACAGCUGGUAGAUUUACGGCACACUUCCGACUAUGGAGGCAUCUACACCAUCUCUGAUAUUGCUCGUUGUAUUGGUUAUGCACUGGGGCCGUCGUGUGGAGGAGCCAUUGCCAAGACCCUUGGAUUCACCUGGCUAGCAAUAAUAUUGGGUAUAUUAAACAUUGCUUAUGCCCCUCUACUCUUUUUACUGCACAACCCACCUGGCAAAGAAGAGACAAUGCCUGUGCUAAGCCAAGAGGAGAAACAAGAGGAGGAAGACUUGUGACAUCUUUCCAAAUAUGUGACACUAUUGAUGAGGAGAUGGCCUCUAACACGGGCACAACCUACUGGCCAACAACAAGAGCACUCAUUCUUCUUUAAGCAAAAUGAAAGGAUUGUGCCUUAUUUAACCAACGGCAAGCUUCAAUGGGCUUGUACAAUGCAACAGAGGCUAAUUUAUUCAGUAUUAGGUCUGUUAUGUCAUUUUCUUUAUAAACAAGCAUAUAACAAGCAUAUAACAAGUUAAAUCAUAUAUUGUUAAGAUUUGUCUUACAGUUGAUAAUUUAACCGUGUGCUGUUUAGAGGGUACAUCUUUUUCUGGACCUCCACAAUUUCUGCUUUGACUUACAUAGACUACCUCCUUACAUAGUCUUCCUCCUGGUGAGGAACAGUAAUGGAAAUGGUUCACCUAGUCUGAUAUGGAGCAGAACAAGGGAUAUGAAAUAUAUCACUGACUGUUCCAUAAAGGUAUGAACAAAACUGUUGGGAUACAAGAGUUUACCAAGCUUUCUUGCUAGAGAUUUAUUUAUUUUCGGGAGGUGUUGACAUAUACCAUUUCUUGAUAUAACUCUGUUGUGCUUGAGAGGAUGAUGUUGCAGCACAAUGACCACCACCGCAAUUUUUCAAUCUCUUCAUUCUAGAAAUCACCAUACAUAAAUUAUAACAAGAAUAAUGAGGCAAUAGGUGUUACACAGUUAUGUCUCAUAUUUAAUUCACUAAUGUCAGGAAAGACAGGAGAGUUUAUGAUCAAAAUUUUAAAAUUACAAACUACAUAAAGAGAUGGAAUUGUAAAAACACUGAUAAUACUGACAAAGCUCAAGAGGUUAAAAUGCCUUAAAAAGCACCCAAACAUUUGUUAUGCAUUUAGAAGGAAAACCUGUUUGAUUGCUUUCACUUUUUUCACCAUUAUGCAAUGGAGUCAGACAACAAUGCUGUGCAGCCAGCCCCCCUCCCCCUCCAAUAGAGAUUUUCGGUGUUGUUUCACUCACAUGCACAAACCGCCGUGGGCCCGUAGGGGGUGCGAGCCUUGGGGGCAGAUUUAUUCGAGGACAGAAAUUCGGCAGCAACCUCUUCACCAGUUGAAUUUUCAUUCCGAAAACGCUAAUUCACUGGAAUGAGGAGUUUAGUUUGUGGUUAUCGAACACUGGCGACAUUUCGCAAGUGCUACUUCGGCAAUGUGAGCAAUUGAAAGCGAAGAUUUGCUAGCGCUCAUUUCUGCCUAGAGCAAAUUCGCUAGAGGUCUUCUGCUCAGGUUUAUUUGCAUACAGCGGGAAAUUUAAAGUUGAAUUUUGCAACAAAUACAUUACAUUACACAAGUCCAGGGAACUUUAAUAAAGAAAAUAGAGUUGUUAUAA